UCCAGAGUCAAAUCUGCUCAGAGCCCGGGCUUGACCAGAGAGGAGCAGGCAGACAGACUGGUCUGAUCCCUCUUGGGUCCUCCAGCCAUGAGGCUCCUCUGGGGACUGGCCUGGAUGGCCAGUUUCUUUGCCCUAUCCCUGCAUAAGCCCAGGUUGCUCCUGUUUUCGCCUUCUGUGGUUCACCUGGGGGUCCCCCUGUCAGUGGGGGUGCAGCUCCAGGAUGUUCCCCUGGGACAGGUGGUGGCAGGAUCAGUGUUCCUGAGAAACCCAUCCAACCUGAAUGCCCUCUGCUCCACAAAGGCUGACUUUACCCUCAGCUCAGAAAAAGACUUCGUGCUCCUUAGCCUCCAGAUCUCCCCAGAAGAAGCAGAGAACUGUGGCCUCUACCGCCUCCUCAGUGGCCCCGAGGUCCAGCUGGUGGCCCAGUCAGCAUGGCUGAAGAACUUUCUGUCCAGAAAGAUAGAUGUUCAGGGCGUCAACCUUCUUUUCUCCUCUCGCCGAGGGCACCUCUUUCUGCAGACUGACCAGCCUGUUUAUAACCCUGGCCAGCGGGUUCGAUAUCGGAUCUUUGCUCUGGAUCAAAAGAUGCGCCCAUCCGCUGACACCCUGACGGUCACAGUAGAGAACUCCCAUGGCCUCCGUGUGCGGAAGAGGGAAGUGCGCGUUUCCUCCAUCUUCCAGGAUGACUUCAUGAUUCCCGAUAUCUCAGAGCCAGGGACAUGGAGGAUCUCAGCCCGGUUCUCAGAUAGCCGAGACUCGAACAGCAGCACCCAGUUUGAGGUGAAGAAAUAUGUCCUUCCCAACUUCGAGGUGAAGAUUGCUCCUGGAAAGCCCUACAUCCUGGCAGUGCCUGGCUUUCUUGAUGAGAUCCAAUUAGACAUCCAGGCCAGGUACAUCUAUGGGAAGCCCGUGCAAGGGGUAGCAUAUGUGCGCUUUGGGCUCCUGAAUGAGAAUGGUGAUAAGACUUUCCUUCGGGGGCUGGAGAGUCAGACUAAGCUGGUGGAUGGCCAGUGCCACAUUUCCCUCUCAAAGGCUGAGGUUCAAGGUGCCCUGGAGAAGCUUAACGUUAAUGCUGCUGACCUCCCUGGGCUGCACCUCUAUGUUGCAGCUGCCAUCAUUGAGUCUCCAGGAGGAGAGAUGGAGGAAGCAGAGCUCACAUCUUGGCGUUUUGUGUCAUCUCCCUUCUCCUUGGAUCUUAGCAACACCAAGCGACACUUUGUGCCUGGGGCCCCCUUUCUGCUGCAGGCCCUGGUCCAAGACGUAUCUGGUUCCCCAGCCUCUGGUAUUCCUGUCAAAGUUUCAGCCACGUUGUCUUCGGCUAGAUCUGCUCCUAGAAUCCACGAGCUUGAACAAAACACAGAUGGGAGCGGCCAAGUCACCAUUCCCAUCAUUGUCUCUCAGUCCACUUCAGAAGUGCAGCUCUUGGUGUCUGCAGGCUCCCCUCACCCUGCUGUAGCCAGGCUCACUGUGAGAGCCCCGCCCUCAGGAAGUUCUAGGUUUCUGUCCAUUGAGCGGCCAGAUCCUCGACCCCCUCGUGUCGAGGACACUCUCAACCUGAACCUGCGAGCUGUGGGUGUCAGCGGGGACAGCUUCUCUCAUUACUACUACAUGAUCCUGUCCCGGGGCCGGAUUGUGUCUAUGAAUCGGGAGCCCAGGAGGGACCUGACCUCGGUCUCCGUGUUUGUGGACCAUCAGUUGGCACCCUCCUUCUACUUUGUGGCCUUCUACUAUCAUGGGGGCAUUCCAGUGGCCAACUCCCUGCGGGUAGACAUCCAGGCAGGGGCCUGUGAGGGCAAGCUGGAGCUGAAUGUGGGCAGCAACAAGGACUAUCAUCCUGGGGAGACCGUAAAGCUCCACCUGCAAACAGAUUCUCCAGCUCUGGUGGCACUAGGAGCCAUGGACAUGGCUCUGUAUGCUGUGGGUGGGAAGUCCCACAAACCCCUCAACAUGGGCAAGGUCUUCCAAGUUAUGAACAGCUAUGACCUUGGCUGUGGUCCUGGAGGUGGAGACAAUGCUCUUCAGGUGUUUGAGGCAGCUGGUCUGGCCUUUUCUGAUGGAGACCUGUUGACCUCAGCCAGAAAGAGUCUGAGCUGUCCCAAAGAAGGAAAGCUCUCCCGGAAUAAGAGAAACGUGAACUUCCAAAAGGCGAUUCAUGAGAAGUUGGGCCAGUAUGCUUCCCCAGUAGCCAGGCGCUGCUGCCAGGAUGGGCUGACGAGGCUGCCCAUGGUACGCUCCUGCGAGCAGCGGGUGGCUCGGGUGCGGCACCCGGCCUGCCAGGGGCCCUUCCUGUCCUGCUGCCAGUUUGCUGAGGAUCUGCGCAAGAAGUCCCGCUCCAGAGGCCAGGUGGGCCUUGCACGAGCUCUGGAGGUCCUGCAGGAGGAGGACCUGAUCGAUGAAGAUGACAUUCCCGUGCGCAGCUUCUUCCCAGAGAACUGGCUCUGGACACUGGAAAAAGUGGACCGCGUCCGCCAAUUGUCACCGAUGCUCCCUGACUCUCUGACCACGUGGGAGAUCCAUGGUGUGAGCUUGUCUGAAAGCACAGGCUUGUGUGUGGCUACACCAGUCCAGAUCCAAGUGUUCCGUGAGUUUCACUUGCACCUCCGCCUGCCCGUCUCCAUCCGCCGCUUUGAGCAGCUUGAGCUGCGGCCUGUCCUCUACAACUACCUGAAAGACAAUCUGACCGUGAGCGUCCACGUGUCCCCAGUGGAGGGGCUGUGCCUGGCUGGAGGCGGAGGGCUGGCCCAGAGUGUCCUGGUGCCCGCAGGCUCUGCCCGGCCUGUCAGCUUCUCUGUGGUGCCCACGGCGGCGACAGCUGUAUCCCUGAAGGUGGUGGCUCGAGGGUCCUGGGAUUUCCCCGUGGGGGAUGCAGUGUCUAAGGUUCUACAAAUUCAGAAAGAAGGGGCCAUCCACACGGAGGAGAUUGUCUAUGAACUCAAUCCCCUGGACCACCGAGCCCGGACCUUGGAGAUUCCCGGCAGCUCUGACCCCAAUAUCAUCCCAGAUGGAGAUUUCAGCAGCUUUGUCAGGGUUACAGCCUCACAUCCCUUGGACACUUUGGGCUCUAAGGGGGUCUUGUCGCCGGGAGGCCUGGCCUCCCUCCUGAGGCUUCCCCAGGGCUGUGGAGAACAAACCAUGAUCUACUUGGCUCCUACAUUGGCUGCUUCCCGCUACCUGGACAAGACGGAGCAGUGGAGCACACUGCCUCCCGAGACAAAGGACCAUGCUGUGGAUCUGAUCCAGAAAGGUUACAUGCGGAUCCAGCAGUUUCGUAAAACGAAUGGUUCCUACGGGGCUUGGUUACAUCGAGAUAGCAGUACCUGGCUGACGGCCUUUGUGCUGAAGGUACUGAGUCUGGCUCAGGAGCAGGUGGGCGGCUCACCUGAAAAGCUGCAGGAGACAGCCAAGUGGCUGCUGUCCCAGCAGCAGGAGGACGGUUCAUUCCAGGACCCUUGCCCGGUCUUACACAGGGGCAUGCAGGGGGGCCUGGUGGGAGACGAUGAGACUGUGGCACUCACAGCCUUUGUAGUCAUCGCCCUUCAGCACGGGCUGGCCAUCUUCCAGGAUGACGCUGCAGAGCAGUUGAAACAGAAAGUGGAAACCUCCAUCUUAAGAGCAAACUUGUUCUUGGGGGAGAAGGCAAGUGUUGGGACCCUGGGUGCUCAUGCAGCUGCCAUCACGGCCUAUGCCCUGACUCUCAGCAAGGCUCCUGAGGACCUGCAGGAGGUUGCCCACCGCAACCUCCUGGCCAUGGCCCAGAAGGCUGGGGAUAACCUGUACUGGGGCUCAGUCCCUGGUUCUCAGGGCAACGCCAUCCCACCUACCCUGGUUCCUCAAGGCCCAACAGACCCUGUGCCCCAGGCCCCGGCUGUGUGGAUUGAAACCACUGCCUACGCCCUGCUUGACCUGCUGCUUCGGGAGGGCAAGUCAGAGAUGGCUGACCACGCUGCAGCCUGGCUUACCCACCAGGGCAGUUUCCAAGGCGGGUUCCGUAGCACUCAGGACACGGUGAUAGCUUUGGAUGCUCUGUCUGCGUACUGGAUUGUUUCCCACACCACCAAAGAGAGGGGGCUCAAUGUGACCCUUAGCUCCAUAGGGCGCAGUGGGUUCAAGUCCCAUGAGCUGCAGCUGAACAACCACCAAGUGCAGGGGCUGGAGGAGGAGCUGCAGUUUUCCUUGGGCAGCAAGAUUAACGUGAAAGUGGGAGGCAACAGCAAAGGGAUCCUGAAGAUCCUUCGUACCUACAACGUCCUGGACCUGAAGAACACGACCUGUGAGGAUCUUCAGAUUGAAGUUUCGGUUGUGGGUCAUGUUGAAUACACAAGGGAGGCCAACGAGGACUACGAGGACUACGUGUAUGAGGAGAUUCCAGCCAAGGACGACCCGGACGCCAGUUCCCAGACCGUGACACCCCUGGAACUGUUUGAGAGGCGGCGGAACCGCCGCAGGCGGGAGGCCCCCAAGGCGCCUGAGGAGGAGGAAUCCAGAGUACAGUACACUGUGUGCAUCUGGCGCAACGGCAAGGUGGGGCUGUCAGGCAUGGCCAUUGCGGACAUCACCCUCCUGAGUGGAUUCAGUGCCCUGCGUGCCGACCUGGAGAAGCUGACCUCCCUCUCUGACCGUUAUGUGAGUCAUUUUGAGACUGAGGGGCCGCAUGUCCUGCUGUACUUUGACUCGGUCCCCACAUCUCGGGAGUGUGUGGGCUUUGGAGCAGUGCAGGAGGUGCCUGUGGGGCUCGUGCAGCCGGCCAGCGCCGCCCUGUAUGAUUACUACAACCCUGAGCACAAGUGUUCUGUGUUCUAUGGGGCACCCACUAAGAGCAAACUCUUGUCCACGUUGUGCUCCGCUGACGUCUGCCAGUGUGCCGAGGGGAAGUGCCCCCGGCAGCGUCGUGCCCUGGAGCGGGGGCUGCAGGACGAGGCCGGCUACAGGAUGAGGUUCGCCUGCUACUACCCCCGAGUGCAGUACGGCUUCCAGGUUAAGGUCCUCCGAGAAGAUGGCAGAGCUGCCUUCCGCCUCUUUGAGACCAGCAUCACCCAAGUCAUUCAUUUCACCAAGGACACCAAGGCCAAGGUCGGUCAGACCCGAAACUUCCUGGUUCGAGACUCUUGCCGCCUUCGCUUGGAACCUGGGAAGGAAUAUUUGAUCAUGGGUCUGGACGGGGCUACCUCGGACCUCAAGGGAGACCCCCAAUACCUGCUGGACUCGAAUAGCUGGAUUGAGGAGAUGCCCUCCAAACGCCUGUGCCAGAGCACCCGCCACCGGGCAGCCUGUGCCCAGCUCAGUGACUUCCUCCAGGAGUAUGGCACUCAGGGGUGCCAGGUGUGAGGGUCACCCUCCCGCCUCCCCCAGCUGAUACCUGGAUUGUUGCUGUGCCCGGGCCCCUGGACAAUAAUAAAGGCCUCUGGCAGCAAAGUGUCA